UCAUGUUGGCCACGCUGCCGCGACCUCCUUCUAUCCAAUGCUCUUGCAGUCGUCUCGAUUCCUCUCUCGAUCUGCCGCCACAAAGACAUGCCGUGCUGCUACCCAUCAUCUCCGCUGCUGCUAUAACUCGAACCAACCCUCCUCCUCCGCUUCCCGCACUCGUCCGCCACUGGACCCCGCCUCUCCCGCUACGACAUCCAUAUGCACGAAGGUGAUGCCCGCCGGAGAUGAGUCGGCGGCGACCGCGGGCGACGGGUUCACAAGUAACAAUGUCACGCCGGUGAAAGACGAGAUUGAGCCUACGCAAUCGCUCGCGGAGCAAUGCGAGCGAGUCCAUAAACGAGUCUACGAGUUUCUUGAAAGGAAGCCGGUCUCAAGUCGGGUUGAGCAGGUACAGAGACAGACGAGAGAGAGUUUAGCCGUGGUGGAAGAGGCUCUGCAGAAGUUUAGCCAGGAUGAACUCUCCUUCUCGUACAAUGGCGGCAAAGACUGUCUAGUCUUGCUGGUCAUCUACCUCGCCGCUCUCCACACACAUUCAAAGCGUACCGGAGCGACUCUGCCACAAACCCUCCGCAGUGUAUACAUCGUCUCGCCCAACCCAUUCCCGGCCGUGACCCACUUCGUCGAACACACAUCCAAAAAGUACCACCUCUCCCUAACUUCACACCACCAACCCAUGCGGGAAGCCUUCGCCGCAUACCUCGCCGACAACCCAGCAAUACGCGCCAUAUUCGUUGGCACAAGACGAACAGAUCCACACGGUGCUCAGCUUACACAUUUCGAUCCAACAGACGGAGGGUGGCCGAGUUUCGUUCGGAUACAUCCGGUCAUUGAUUGGCAUUAUACGGAUAUAUGGGGGUUCAUCAGGGAGCUGGGCGUCGAGUAUUGUGAGCUGUAUGAUAUGGGAUAUACAAGUCUGGGAGGCACGGACGAUACGCAUCCCAAUCCGGCGUUGAAGAUUGAGGGACAAGAGGGGAAGUUCAGACCGGCGUUUGAGUUGGUGGAGGAUUUGGAGGAGAGGUUGGGAAGG